GUUUGUUUAAUUCAAAUUCUAAGAGAUUAUUUUAUGUCAUGAAUUGUCUUUGGAAGGGCCACGAAGGGAUGCACCAUAAGGGUGGGCACACGGCGAAAAGUUUGACAACCACUGCCUCAAAGGAAUAGUUCACCCAAAUAUGAAAAUUAUUGUAACAUUUUUUUAUCCUCAUGCCAUUCCAGAUGCAUAUGACUUCCUUUCCUCUGCUGAACAAAAAAUGAAUGAUUAUUUUCAUAUAUGGGGCUCAGAAUGGCGAAGGUCCAUAAAGCAAAUACAUCCAUCAUUAACAUAAUCCAAAGAACAGCCAAGUUUAUUUUUGAAGUCAGGAAAAAAGGACAUGAAAAAGAUAUACUACAUCCUCUGGUUCUCAAGAUUUGUUUAAAGCAGCUGUUUUCACAAUCUUGUAUGCCUUGACAAGUCAUUAUAAUUCCAAGAUAAUUGGCGAAUGCUAAGAAGAGGCCCAUUUUUGAUAUAUUCCUUCAGACAAACGCAAAAUUUAUAGACAAUUUCUCUAGGUUUUAAUCUUGCCACUUAGUUUCUCCUCUUUAUACUAUCUAUGGCAAAUUUUCAAUAUAAGGCUUUCAUUAGCAGUUCUGUUAAGUAGAUCUCCUCUAAACAUCUCUUUCAGUAGUGGCUCACGGCACAUGAGCUUUCUCCCCCGUUGAUCAUGUGAGCACAGGAAACAUAAACCUCUUCCUCGGGGACCCGGUUGCUUCUGUUUAAAAACCACAUGUUGCCCCAUCUCAUCCUUGCCCUUUUUGGGUGGCUCUCUUGAUGUACACAGAAAAAUAAGCCCAAAGGUCUGCUUAAAAUCCAAUGGGUAAAUAAAACCUGUGCGUGUGCUACAUUGUACAAAAUGCAGCAUUUUUGUCAAAUCAACAUAUUUUUAUGUUACUUUAAGUUAAAAACAUUAAGUUAAACAAUUUUUAACAUACUUUCUUAAAUUUUGACUUUGGCAUAACUUAGAAAAACAAGGCAAACUUGUUUAACUUAAUUUGUUAAGUUAAAGUAACAAAAUAUAUGUGGAUAUUAAUUUUAACAGUGUAUAUACUAGUUGAAAACUUAAACUAGUAGGUUUAAUUGACUUGCAUAACCAAUUUGAUUAAACUUGCAUGCAGCACUAGAAGAUUUUUUUUACAGUGUGGUCAAGAUUUGGGAUGUCAGACACGAGUAUUGGAGAGCAUCUUAGCAAACUAUCUUUGUACGGUUGAAGUAACAGAAGUUAGGAGCAGCCUGGUUGUGCCUACAUCUGGUGGCCUGAACUUUUCCAACACUAAUGCAUGGGGGGAAAUUCUGCUGCCCCCUCGACAGCCUUUUCCAAAGCUUAACCAAAACAGUAUGUCUGGAAACAGCCCAGACACUCUUUCUGGGGCUGAGUAAAAGAAGGAGGAGGGGAGGAGUUUUUUCCCCCACACCGAUCCAACUGUUCUUCAUCACGCAGCCUGUAACAACAGAACAUACAGCUGGAGACGAGGAAUGAGCUGAAGACUCUUUCUGGUAGAUCUUGUGUAGGUUUUCCAAGUGAGGCAUGUUUUAGGACUUUAGCUCUUGGAGAAAGUAUUCAGUCAUAAGAUGGACCACUCAGCUCUCUGCUGCUUCAUCGGCUUGUCCAUCAUUCUGCUUAACAGCAGCGUCACUAAAGCCACCCCGGUCAUUUUCAAUGACUCAUUGGAAAGCAGUGGGCAGUCAGAGUCUGGUAGCAUAGAACUGUUCCACUCAUCCAGCAAUACUUCCUUUCUGAAUGAAUUUGAUCAGUCCUCUGUCGACGAAGAAAAACACAACAACAAGUCCUUAUUGAAUCAAAUGGUGGACUUCUUACAAGAGAAUCUCCUUCUCAUAGUUGUCAUUACCACAUUACUACUAAUCUUUUUCAUCAUCAUCUGCUCAGCUGCAAUUUUAAGCCGCAGACGUAAAGUCAGCGCAUACUACCCUUGCGCUUUCCCCUCUAAGAUGUAUGUCGAUGAGAGGGACAAGACUGGAGGAGCGAAGUUAUUCAAUGAAGUCCCUGAAAACGCCAAUGCUGGCACCAUUGAGGAGCCAUUGAAUUCAGCCAAGCAGCUUCAGGAGGACAUCAUGUUGGCUACCAAGAACCUACGAACUCCUGUUAAGACGCCAUGGAGAGAGAAAAAUGAAACGGUAGAAGAUGAAAAACCUAAAGACGAUGAGGAAAGUCCUCAGGGUGAAAGGAGUGAAGAGGACAACUCGGUUUUGCAGAAGGGGAAAACUACACACGAGUCUCUUGUUGAGGAUUCUGCGGAAAACAGAAACCCCAGCGGGUCCCAAGACAGUGUUCCUGUUUCUGAAAUGGAAAAAAAUGACCCUUCUGAGUCCGGGCCCCCUGAGGAGAGCAAACAUCCAUCUGAGCCUGAGAUUCAAGAGGACAUGAACAAACAGGAAGUUGUUACUUCAGGCACUUCAGUUAUCAUUGAAGAGAAAACAGCAUUUUAGUGUGACAUGUUUAAAGUAUUAGAAAUAUUUACAGAUAAACACAGACCAAAGUUUGUUUGGACACGUUGUAUUUGCUCUAAUAAGGACAUUUUUGUGUUUUAUUGAAGUCAACUUAUCUGAAGAAAAAGCGAUGGCUUUAGUUUUAUGGCUGUUUACUAUGAUGCACAUAUGUCAACUAUUUUAAAUAGCCAUUUUCUUUAGUUUAACAGAAAACUGCAAUAUAAACGGAUGCCUGUAAGGCAAGACUGUAACAUAAAAAAUGUAUUUUAAGUUUUGUGUGUCCCAAAUUUCUUUUCAAACCAUCAGCAGAAAUGUCUUAAUACUUGUAGAUCGUUCACUUCUCCUUUGUUUGUGAUGACAUAAAGACUGAGAAGCUUAAGUUAAUUGUUUUAUUUGAUUGACUUAUUUUUAAUAUAUUAUUUUAUACAAUAUUUUAAUAUCUGAAUGCUGUUAUUUGAAAACUGGCAGAAGUAAAUAACAGUUUCCAUUCGAUCUUAAGUGUACAUACAAACAAAAGUUAAACUCCUUCUUGAUUAUUAAAUUUUUCUUGAAUAUUUUCUGUUGCUAAUGUUGUUGCUAUUCUCUGUCUGCUAAAACUGGACACUUGACCUCGAAAUGCAAUGCAAAUAUAAACAUAGAAGCACACACAUGCAAGAAAUAAAGCA